AUGGCUUCCUCAUUAGACACCGACGAAGAACCAACACAAUUCGCCCCAAAGACGUUGGGCAAUGAAUGGAUUGGGGCCGAUGACAUCUCCCGCACUUAUAGCGAACGACCAUCGAACCCCAGCGAUGAGGAGACCGGAGAGGAGAAAACACCCAAGCAAUCCCACGUUGAAUUGUCAAGAACUCCCACCACAAAAUCAUUGCCAAACUCUCAUGGCUUUUUUUCUCGCAAGCUUGCCAAAGAACGAAGAAUUUUGGUGUUGACGUUCCUCAAAAACUGGGCCAUCAUGGUCACUUGCCUAUUACUAAUCUUCUCCAUUUAUUGGGGCGCUCUUUAUGAAAGAGCAUCACAUUACAAAAACGUUAGAAUGUUGUUGGUGGUUGAAGAUGUUGAAGUCGAUGGUAUUCCUCCACUAAUUGGGCAAACUGCCAUCGAUGUUGCUAAAGACCCAUUGAUGGUGAUCAACAGUGAUUUCCACAUUUACUCUGGUGCAGAAUUCCAAGCCGCCUACGACAAAAACGAUAACCAGCCGUUCAAUGCCACCCAAGAGAUCAACCAUCUCAUCCACCAUCAACAUUACUGGGUGGCGGUUUACGUCAAGGCCAACACCACUUAUAGCCUAUACCAAGCUCUUAAGACUGCCAAUACCUCAUUCGAUCCCACUGCCGAUACCGAUAUUUCGGUCGAUGCGAUUUACGAAACCGGUCGUGAUGCUCUCGCGAUGAAUUCCAGUGUGUUGCCAUUAUUACAAUAUUAUCAAUACCUUUUCAAUCCCACAAUUCUUGCCGAGCAAGUAUACGCCCCGAUCAUCACCAAUAAUCUUACCAAUGACGAGAGAUCAAAUUUGAUCAAUACCGCUCCCCAGCUCAUCUCAAACGUCCCGCUGGUUCGUCUUGUGGAUAAUUUACCCAUUACUAACACCACUUUGUUGGCUCCUUGCCAAGUGGGGAUGAUUUUCCUCAUCAUUCUUACAUUCUUCCAGUUUAACUUCUUUGCUCCGGUCCACCAGAUCAUUGCUCCGAGAAUUCGCAAACAACACUUUGUGAUAUACCGGAUGGUCAGUGCACAACUCUCCUACUUUGUCAUCUCGUUGGCGUACUGUUGGGUGUCUCUUGCUUUCCAAGUAGAUUUCUCCGUGACCUUUGGUAACGCUGGGUUCUUGGUGUAUUGGAUGACCUCGUUUCUCACCAUGUCCGCGGUAGGCGGGGCCAAUGAAAACAUGGCACUUUUCAUCAUCCCAUUCUACGCCCCAUUAAUUGGAUUUUGGUUGAUUUUCUGGGUGAUUAGCAACAUCUCCUCGGCGUUCUUUGCGCUUGCAGUGUUGCCAGAUUUCUACCGUUAUGGGUACUUUUAUCCAUUGCACAAUGCCGCAGAACUUUUCAAAGUGAUCUUCAAUAAUAGUUAUAAAGGGGAAAUGGGGAGAAACUAUGGUGUUUUGAUCGCCUGGAUCGCCGUCAACAAUGCUAUCUUGCCGUUUGCUUUGAAGAGUUUCGGAACCAAAAUGGCGGCCAAGGCUGCUGCUGCUCAGAAGAAGUAG